AUGCUGUCUGAUUCUAGUCGGAUUGGCAAUAUCGAUGGUACAAUUCAAUUGGUUAACUUCCAUUUAAGCGACUCGAGGACUGGUUUAGACAGACAGGAAGAGGUGAUCAGGGAUUCAAAAAAGUUAAUAUUUCUGAAGAAUGCAGAUCUGUCUAAUUUGAGAUCUCAAGAGCGGAAUUGUGGUGAUGUUAUAGCCAAAUCAAGCACGAGUGGAAUCUAUGAGAUAGUUAUUCCCAGCUACAGUAAAACCCCUUUUAAAGUAGCUUGUGAUGCGAGAACUGAUAGAGGCGGUUGGACGAUUAUCUUGCGUCGAACAGAUGGAAGUGAGAAUUUUAGUCGAGACUGGAACACAUACAAGAAUGGAUUCGGGAGUUUGGAUGGUGAGUUCUUCUUGGGCCUGGACAAGAUUCACGCAUUAACUUCAGACACUAGCAUGGAGUUGCUUGUUGCUCUUGAGGAUUUUGAGGGUGAUAUACGCUACGAAAGGUACGAUAGAUUUGGAAUCGCAAAUGAGGAUAAACAAUAUGCCUUGUCUACAUUGGGUGAAGCCAGUGGAACUGCUGGUGAUUCAUUGAGGAAACAUCAUCAAAUGAAGUGGUCUACUAUGGAUCGUAAUAAUGACCUGAUGGUAAAAAUACCUUGUGCCGCGUUCUAUACAGCCGGAUAG